AUGUCUGAAGAACAAACUGCCAUUGACUCUACCCCUUCCUCUGUUAAUGAAUCCGUUGAAACCGUAACUACCAUUGAUUCUCCAAGUACUACUGCUUCCACUAUUGCUGCUACCGCUGAAGAACAUCCUCAGUCGGAGAAGAAACCAACACCAUUGCCAUCUUUGAAGGAUUUACCUUCUUUGGGCUCAAAUGCCGCUUUUGCUAACGUUAAGGUUAGCUGGGGCCCAAAUAUGAAACCUGCCGUAUCUAACUCUCCUUCGCCAUCGCCUUCUGCUCCUUCAUUGACAACGGGACUCGGAGCCAAGAGAAUGCAUUCAAAGAACAUUCAAGAGGCUUUCACUUUGGACCUUCAAUCUCAGUUGUCAAUCACUAAACCUGAAUUGUCUCGUAUUGUCCAAUCCGUAAAGAAAAACCAUGAUGUCUCUGUCGAGUCCACUCUUUCUAAGAAUGCUCGUACAUUUUUGGUUUCUGGUGUGGCUGCUAACGUUCACCAAGCAAAGAGGGAAUUAGUGAAAAAAUUGACUAAACCUAUCAAUUCUGUCAUUGAGGUUCCAUCCAAAUGCAAAGCCAGUAUAAUUGGUUCAGGUGGUAGAACUAUUCGUGAAAUUAGUGACGCCUACGAAGUUAAAAUUAAUGUUUCAAAAGAGGUUAAUGAAGACUCUUAUGAUGAAGACAUGGACGAUACUACAAGUGAUGUCUCCUUAUAUGGUGAUUUUGAAUCAGUCAACAUGGCCAAAGCUAAAAUAAUGGCCAUUGUUAAAGAAGAAACCAAGAACGCCACAAUCAAAUUAGUGGUUGAGGAUGAAAGAUACUUACCUUAUGUUGACGUUUCGGGCUUUGUUUCAAAUGACGGUGAAGAAGAAAUUAAAGUUCAACUUUACAAGAAAUCUGGAGAUAUUGUCAUUUCAGGUCCUCGUGAUAAGGCAAAAUCAACCAAACUAUCCAUUCAAGACUACUUGAAAAAGUUGGCUUCUGACUUGGCAGAAGAAAAGGUAAAGAUUCCUGCUAAAUUUCAAUUCUUGAUUGAUGCUGAAGAACUAAAAGAAAAAUUCAACGUCAUUGUCACUUUCCCAUCAACUCCUAGUGAUGAACUAGUAUCAUUUGUUGGUCUACGUGACAAGGUCAGUGAAGCUAUCACCUACGCCAGAUCUUCCUCAAAAAGCUAUGUGGUGGAAUCUUUGGAUAUUUCUAAAGCUCAUAGUAAGAAUCUUACUCAUGCCAAGAAUCUAAUCAUGUACUUCACCAAGUACUCUGUUUUAAAAAGUCUUGAGGAUUCGCAUCCUAAUGUCAAAAUAGCUUUACCAUCCAUACAAUCGUUACCAUCCGCUGAAACCGUUACAGUCCAUAUCAGUGCAAAAUCUGCUGAAGCCAACGAUAUUAAGGUAGUCCGUAAGGAAUUAAUUUCUUUUGUGAAUAAUAUUCCACCCUCUGAAACUCUGACCGCUACAGACUUGGAUUACGAGAUGUUUGGUGCAUCUAUUAAACAUUGUCUAUUGGCUUCUGAAAGUAGCGUUGCCUUUGUUCAAUUUGGUGACUAUUAUCCAAAUGACAAUACUAUUUUGCUUGUUGCUUUAACUGAGGAUGAAGAUUUCAAGCCAUCUAUUGAAGAAAUACAAGCAUCUUUGAAAAAAGCUAACGAAUCAUUAGACUCCCUACGUACCAAGCAGAAUAACAUGGAGACUAAAACAUACGAGUUCCCCGAGGAAGUUCAAGAUUCUUUAUUUAAGCCAUCCUCUGCCACAUGGAAAUUGAUUAUGGAAGACAUAUCUGAACAUGAAGGCCACCUUCAAAUUAAACUACACACUCCUGAAGAAAAUCAGUUAACUGUAAGAGGUGAUGAAAAGGCCGCUAAGACUGCUAACCAAAUCUUUGAAUCCAUUUUGAAUUCUUCGUCUAACAAGAGCAAGAUGACCGUUAAUAUUCCAUCUAACUCUGUUGCCAGAAUAAUCGGUAAUAAGGGCUCCAACUUACAACAAAUUCGCGAAAAGUUUGCUUGCCAAAUUGAUAUUCCAAACGAAGAAACCAACAAUUCCGCUAAAGAUAAGAUUGUAGAAGUUACUUUAACUGGGUUAGAAUAUAACUUGACUCAUGCCAAAAAGUAUCUGGCCGCCGAAGCUAAGAAGUGGGCAGACAUCAUCACAAAGGAGUUAAUCGUCCCACUUAAGUUUCACGGAAAUAUGAUCGGUUCACAUGGUACCUACCGUAACCGUUUGCAGGAAAAAUACAAUGUUUUCAUCAAUUUCCCAAGAGACAACGAAAUUGUCACUAUUAGAGGUCCUUCUCGUGGUGUCAAUAAAGCACAUGAAGAAUUAAAGGCUUUGUUAGAUUUUGAAAUGGAGAACGGCCAUAAAAUGAUCAUUACUGUUCCAGCCGAGCAUGUCCCAAGAAUUAUCGGUAAGAACGGUGACAAUAUUAAUGAUAUUAGAGCUGAAUACGGUGUUGAAAUGGAUUUCUUGCAAAAGAGUAGUGAUCCCAAAGUUCAAGAAACUGGUGAAGUUGAAUUAGAGAUCACUGGUUCCAGACAAAAUAUUAAAGAUGUUGCCAAGCGUGUGGAAUCUAUUGUUGCUGAAGCUUCUGAUUUCACGACUGAAAUAUUGAAAAUUGAUCACAAAUAUCAUAAGUCUAUUGUUGGUAGUGGUGGUCACACUUUAAGAGAAAUUAUUUCUAAGGCUGGUGGCGAAGAAAUAAGAAAUAAGUCCGUUGAUAUUCCAAAUGCAGACUCUGAAAGCAAAGACAUCACCGUUCAAGGUCCACAAAAGUUUGUCAAAAUAGUCGUUGAAGAAAUUAACAAAAUUGUCAAAGAUGCUGAAAAUAGCGUUAGCAAGACACUUGAUAUUCCAGCAGAAAGGAAGGGUGCCUUAAUCGGUCCUGGUGGGAUUGUUCGUCGUCAACUAGAAUCCGAGUUCAACAUUAACUUAUUCGUUCCUAAUAAGGAUGACCCUAGUGGCAAAAUCACUAUUACUGGUUUACCAGAAAAUGUUGAGAAGGCUGAGAAAAAAAUCUUGAAUGAAAUAAUCAGAGAAAAUUUUGAUCGAGAAGUUGACGUGCCUGCUUCUAUGUACGAGUACGUUUCAGAACGUGGUGCUUUUAUCCAAAAAUUGAGAAUGGAUUUAUUCGUCAAUGUAAGAUUUGGUAACACUUCCAAGAAGGCUAACAAAUUAGCUCGUGCUCCAAUUGAAAUUCCCGUGGAAAGGGUUCGUGGUUCCACUGAAGGUGAGAAUGCAGAAAAGAUUAAGUUCACCAUUGAGGAAGUCGGUGCACCAGCUUCUUCUGAAGAAGGAGAUAUUACCAUGAGAUUGACAUAUGAACCAGUUGACUUGAGCAGCAUUCUUGAUGAUGACGAAAAGGAAGCCAAAAAUGACACUUCAAACGAUUCUGCUAAGAAGGAAGAAGCACUUGGUACUGCCGUCAAGUGGAUUGAAGAAAGAAUUGCCAAGGCACCAUCUGCCACAUAUGCCGGCUAUGUUUGGGGCGCCGAUACUAGGAGGUUUAAUAUGAUUGUUGGCCCUGGUGGUUCCAACAUUAAGAAAAUUAGAGAAGCAGCUGACGUUGUCAUCAACGUCCCAAGGAAGUCAGAUAAAGUUAAUGAUGUUGUGUACAUUAGAGGCACCAAAGCUGGGGUUGAAAAAGCCGGUGAAAUGGUAUUGAAAUCUUUGAGAAAAUAG